UGCGUAGCCUUGUUGGGGUGAAGCCGCAUCAAACCGUCCCCUUUGCAAUGUGGGCGUGAAGCGCUCCGCGUAGUAAGCGGCGUGGACCCGGGGGGAGGACAGCGGAGGUGUUAGCGGGCUCGUCUCCGAAGCUCGUCCGACCGGCGCCGAGGAGAGAAGGGGAGGGGGAGAGAGAGAGAGAGAGGGAAAAAAAACAUGUCGAACCGAAAGCACCGGGACAACCAAGAGAUUUGCGCCCGUAAGGUUCGCGAGCUGGCCCAGUCCGGAGUAAACAAACACUGCUUCGAGUGCAACCAGCCCGGGGUGACGUACACAGACAUCACGGUGGGCAGCUUCGUCUGCACGUCGUGCUCCGGAAUGCUGAGAGGCCUCAACCCUCCCCACAGAGUCAAGUCUAUCUCCAUGACAACUUUCUCCCAACAGGAAGUGGAAUUUCUUCAAAACCAUGGUAACGAGGUGGGGAGGAGAACAUGGCUGUGUGUGUUCGACCCCAAAACCAACGGGUUGCCCGACAUGAAGGACCCUCAGAAGUUCAAAGAGUUUCUUCAGGAUAAAUAUGAGAAGAAAAAAUGGCAUUUUUCCAAAAGUAAAAAUCGUAGAGACAUGGAGGGUCCGUGGAGUCCAGGGAUCCAGACUGUCCCCCCGUCCCACGGCCCCUUAGCUAGCCAGAACAUGUCCCAUAACAUGGCCCCCAACGCCCGAGCUUCAAGGCCGCUGUCUCAGUCUCAGUUGCCGUCAUGGGAUCGAGCCCCCGCCAUCUCGCCCGCUGACAUGAGAACGGAUGUGUUCACCGCUCGGCCGUCGCGCUCCCAGAGCUUCAGAGACCCCCCCCUGAAAGACCCCAACCUGUGUGGAAUAGAAAGACAGCGACCGGGCUCCCUGUCGUCCACGCUGGGAGGCCACGCCCCCUCAUUCCCGGCCCUUCCUCGUCCCUCAGCCAGUAGCUCUUUCAAAAACCACUUCACGUUAGGUCGUACGGUGUCUGCUUCAGGGGUGCCAGGCCCCUUUAGAGCCUUCCCCAAGUCCCUCAGCGUGGACUUCGGAGGCCUGACCCACCCCCAGUCCCUGACCCAGUCCCUGUCCCAGCCCCAGCAGCCCGCCUGCCAGACCACGACGCCGGUCAGCAGCUCCAGCGGCCAGGACAAGUACGCCGCUGUGUCGCAGCUGGACAGCGUCUUCUCAGAGACCUCCUCCACUGCUGCUCCCCCUGCUGGCCCUCCGCAGUAUAGCGCGGUGUUUGGGAGCAGGCUGUCAUCCAGCUCCACUCCUGCCAGCUCUCCCGGUGUCGAAGCCGUGUCCAGCUCCCAGUCUUUUUCAAAUUUUCCGAACCCGUUCAGCUCCAGCUCGGCCUCCCAGCAGCCGGUCGCCCUCUCCCCCAGUAACCCUUUCAGCAGCGCUUCAGGAGUGUUUUCGCCACCCGCCACCACCCACAAUGCAUUUCCCCACGACUCCACCUCCAAUCAGGAAGCCAACGGUUUCGCCUCCUUCCCCGCCCCCGACUCUCAGCCGGAAGUCCCUCGGCACAUGUCUGUGAACCCGUUCACGGGGAAUGUUUACUCCAGUCGGGGGACGUCCAAAAAUCCUUUCAUCUGACCCCGCCGCCCCCUUCCUCCUCCUCCUCCUCCUCCUCAUAGGGACUAGUGAACUUGAGGAGCUGCUACCAUUUCAAAUCCUCUGGACUAUUGAGGAGGGUCGCCUCCUCCCGUCCUCCCAGUUUCUGUGUUUACGUGUUUGUGCAGAAGGAGAAAAAAAAAAACAGAACAAAA